AGUAAAAAAAAAAGGCGACGGCGACUGCAGCAAAAAAUUUCGACGCCGCACGUACCGGGAGCAUUUAAAUAAUUUUUUCUGUGGAUUAAUUUAACUAAAAAGGAUUAAACAUAAUGACUGAACGCGAGAAUAAUGUCUACAAGGCAAAAUUGGCCGAGCAGGCCGAGCGCUACGAUGAAAUGGUCGAGGCCAUGAAGAAGGUCGCUUCCAUGGACGUCGAGCUGACUGUCGAGGAGCGCAACUUGCUGUCCGUCGCAUACAAGAAUGUGAUUGGAGCCCGUCGUGCUUCGUGGCGCAUCAUCACCUCGAUCGAACAGAAGGAGGAGAACAAGGGGGCCGAGGAGAAGCUGGAGAUGAUCAAAACCUACCGCGGCCAGGUGGAGAAAGAGCUGCGCGACAUCUGUUCGGACAUACUGAAUGUGCUCGAGAAACAUCUCAUUCCAUGCGCCACAUCCGGCGAAAGCAAAGUAUUCUACUAUAAGAUGAAGGGUGACUACCAUCGCUAUUUGGCCGAGUUCGCCACCGGCUCGGACCGCAAGGAUGCGGCAGAGAACUCGCUGAUCGCCUACAAGGCAGCCAGCGACAUUGCCAUGAACGAUCUGCCCCCAACACACCCCAUUCGCUUGGGCUUGGCAUUGAACUUCUCGGUGUUCUACUAUGAGAUUCUCAACUCGCCGGAUCGUGCAUGCCGCUUGGCGAAAGCCGCUUUCGACGAUGCCAUUGCCGAGUUGGAUACACUGAGCGAAGAGAGCUACAAAGACUCGACACUCAUCAUGCAGCUGCUGCGGGACAACCUCACAUUAUGGACGUCCGAUAUGCAGGCAGAAGAAGUAGACCCCAACGCAGGUGAUGGCGAGCCGAAGGAGCAGAUUCAGGAUGUCGAGGAUCAGGAUGUGUCGUAAUUUAAGUAAACCCCCGCCCUUCCAUUUAAAACACAUAAUAUACCUUCUAAAGUAAAUAUAAUACCAUAUAAUAUAUAUGCAUACAUCAAAACACAACAACACGACAACAGAACAACAACCAGAACCACAAAAGAGGUCGCAGAAACCACACUACGAAACAACAGCCGAUCCUUUGGAUGUUUGACUAUCGAGAAAAACCGAUCGAUACUCUACGCUUGGAGCAUUCAAAUCCACAGAAACGGAAAA